AGUUUUUGCUAGCAGUUUAAUUUGACCUAUUGUUUAUAAUUAACUAGCACAUAUAGAAAUAAUAACAAUUGGUAAGUUUGAUAAAAGACAUAAAUGUAUUAAAAUCUGGCCCCAAACAGCCCUGGUGGUGCUCAAUGUACACCCAGGUAAAAAAUAAACAAAGUGCUCCAUUUUCGCUGACUAAUUUUGUACAUAUUAUUCUUAGAAGUUUUCUUUAGUACUUCUUAAGAUGAUCUUAAAACAUCUAAGGCUGCGUUCACACGAUACCAUAAUACGGUUGUCAAACCCGUAUUUGAGUCCUUAAGACGGUUCCGUUCACACGCAGUUCGGAUAUUUAUGGGUUUGACAACCGCAUUCUAUAACCGACCUCGCACCCGUAAGUUUUCGGGUUUCACAACCGUAUUUACAGAGAAGCUGUGACGUGUGAACGGAAUCGCACUGGACAACCAGUUGUGUGUGACGUCACGUGACGUUUUAGCAGCAGUGGACAGUAAUCAAAAUGGCGGAGAGGGGCGUUAUGUGGUCAGAGGCUGAGGUAAAACUGUUAUUAAGUAUAUGGGGGGAGGAGGGUAUUCAAAACAAACUAUGUGGAACAAAAAGAAAUCAGAGAGUUUUUGAAAUAAUUUCUGAGAGGAUGAGGGCAGCGGGAGUUGUCAGAAGUGCUGUUCAGUGUCGCGUAAAGCUAAAAGCUUUAAAAUUGGAGUACAAGAAAGUGGUGGACAACAACAGACGAUCGGGAAGAGGAAAGAAAACGUUCAAGUAUUUCUAUGAACUUGACCGUGUACUUGGGGAUAACCCGGCUUGUCGCCCCGAAUAUACAUUUGAUUCGACAGAGCCAGGUUUAUUCGAGGACGUCUUGUCCAGUGACCAUGAAGAGUCAAUGGCUCAGGAUUGCAGCUCUUCAAAUGCUUCACUUGAGGAAGACUCUGAAAUGACUACAGCUAAUAGAACUCCCACUCCCACAUACACUCCUAGACAAACUGGUCCAAGUGCUACACAAACACGUGAACAUGAAAGUGGUAAGCAUGUGUUGUAGGCUACUGUGUGGGGGUGUUUCUGUCUGUGUUAUAUUAAAC